ACUGCAAAAUUACAGCUUUUCGUCUAAAGCACUAUUCAUUAUCCACUAGUUUGUCGCUGGUGUAUCGAUUUUUGGCCAGCAGUGGGAGCAUCCGUCGAGGAAGAGAUCGUGUUCGACAGGACUGCGGAAUAUCCCUUUGAGGUUUUUUUUGGCACGUCGACACACAAACAGCCACCCUGUAGAGCUGCACAUGUACCCAGAAAAUGUGUGAGAGAGCAUAUGAGAUGUGGGUGUACAUGAGCCACGUCGGUGUGAAUGGAGGAGGUGGUGGAAUUCACUGCAUAAAGCUGAAAAGAGUGUCGUAGUUCUGGGCUCAAUGCUCUUGACUUUGAGGGCUUGCGGCCGGGCUAUGACUCAGUGCAUCUACAUCACAAAGCAGCACUUUGCAGGUCAGAGGCUUGUACUUUUUGUGCUGGUGUAUUUGCACGUGUGUGUACAUAGAGCUGGAGUAGGGCGCCCUUUUGAAUUAUUUCCACAUCACCAUUCCACAGAGUGAUCAAUCAGACUUUUAGACAUCAAUCAAUAUCAAUAAUAUCAAACCUUUCUUGUGUCCAGAUGCUGUAUAUUCAGAUUAUGUCUUAAUAGUUGUGACUGUUAGAAUGUGUCUCAAACUUGUAAUUGAUUUGUGAUCAGAUCAGUGAUCUUGGCCACACAGCUACUGUAGUGAAACGUAUUGCAGUAAUUAUUGAAUACCUUACUUGAAAAACUUGUCUGAGUUGUUUGUCAUAUAAGUCACUUAUUGAUUGAUUGACAAGUGACUAGGUAGCACUUCAUCACAGUCAGUGGCCCAUUUUAGGUGAUGAUAGACUACUGACGCACACGCUGUCUACUGCGUAUACAUAGUCGCAUGCCAACGUCAGGGUGUUUUAUACUGUGGUGUGCAUUCACACCACAGUAUAAAUAUAGCUGUCCUUUUGGAUUGGAUCACUCAAGACACAUAUUCAAUCAAUCAGCCAAUUUUAUUUGUCACAUGAAAUUGUAGCGGUACAAAUCUAGUUAUAUGUAAUCCCAUCAGCUCCUUCAACUUGUGCAUGAUUAAUCAUAAAGCAGAUUAUUAUUAUUUGUAAUUGUAUUGUUCCCAGCCACUGUAUCAGACAUCCCUGAUUAAAACGAGCACCCUGAUAGUGCUGAUAAAGUGUCUUAACCAGACGUUUUCCAGCAGAUGCCUGUUGUAAAUGUACUUGUUUGAGUCUUCACAGAAAAAACAGAGCCAAAUGUAUUCCUGCUGGUUCUAGUUUAUUUCCUGGAACAAUGGUUGCUACUUUUAAUUGGCUUGUGAGCCCUUAAGAUACUUGACACCCUUUGCCUUUGAGUGAACAAAGGAGGGAUUUUCCCUUAAUUUCAAGACUUUGUUGCCUGGAUAGGUGAAAGUAUCUUGUAUUUAUCAAGAAAAAAAGUCAGAAAAAAUAGAAUGUUGUCUUACAAGUAUAUAUUUUAGCAAUGGUAGCGGUGGUGCUCUAAUGGUCCACACUGAAAUAUCUCAAAACUAUUGGAUGGAUAACCAUGAAAUGUGGUUAAGACAAUAAUGUUGCAGAGGAUAAACUUGAUUUGAACUUUGAAUCCCUAAUGACUAGCAUGACUACUACACAAGUUUAUUGACUGCAGAUUAUUUGCAUUAAAAUGUACAGUUAAUGGUCUCAUGUGUCCCAACAUUGCUAAUGGUGUUUGUAAGGACAUAUGCGUGAUUGCAGUGUAUGUGCACACUGCCUGCAGAAGUAAACAGGUGUCACUCUGUCCAAACUGGUGUGUAUUUCAGGAGGGUUGAGGUGGGCCAGUUGGUUGCCAGGAAACAAAGUUUGGGUAUUACUCAUGUUACACAGAUCUCUGUGUCUCCUGUCUUUCUCUCUGUGUCCAAGCCAGGAGCCAUACUGUAAGCAACUAUUGGAUACCCCUUUGAGGACUUACAGAAGAUAUUUUUAUUGAAACUGUUUUGGUCACACUGUAUUCUUCUCCAAACGGCAAAGUGUUCAGCUGUCAGUUGCAGGUGUUGGCGCUCUGUGGCUGUCAGGAUGCAACAGUUGGUGUUGAAGGUCCUCUGCUCCACACUGCUGCUUCUAGCAGUGGUGCCCUCUGUGUACCCACAAUCAGAUUGUUCCCAAGCUGAGUCAUGUGACCUGUGCGUUGGCGAGUCCAUGCUCAACCUGACAGACUGUGUCUGGAGGCUUUGUCCAGAUGGUAAUGAUACAGGCAUGUGUGUGACUGAUGAGGGCAACUCGGCAGACAAUGGCAUGAACUGUAGCUGGACUAAAGUGUCUGAAUUGUGCACAGUUGUAGAGACGGUAGCUGAGGGAGGAGGUGAAGGUGACUCAGGUGAUCAAAGUAACACCAACUCUGAGUUCUCCCAGGCCAAGUUUGACAUGUCCAGUUUCAUCGGAGGCAUCAUACUGGUGCUGUGUGUGCAGGCAGGCGGCUUCUUCGCCAUGCGCUUCCUCAAAUCCAAAGAGCAGAGCAGCUAUGACCCCAUAGAGCAACCACAGUGAAGACAUGAUUUAUGAAGGACAAACAGGCAAGGAUUGAGGACAUCAGAGCAGUGACUCAUCGAGGUCUGACGACAGUGAUUUUUUUUUUUUUUCUGAGCCCCUGUCAUUUUUGGUUUUGUCCCCAUGUGUACCUCUAGGGGAUAGGUGUGUUUAUAGGACGAUAUUUUUCUCAGAAUACCGCAUUGUGUAACAAGUGUCUGUGCACUGUGUUUGUAUUGUAUUUAUAGUCCAGAGACAUUUGGGCUGUUGGUAUUCCUACAACCUGACAAAUGAGAAACAAAAAGGCUCAGAUUUUCCCAGCACUUUCAGCAAUUCAUCUUUGUGACCAAACCCACCAUACAUUUUCACCAAUGCAACGUGUUAAGUGUUUGUCCUACAAACAACAAGCAACUAGCUGUAUCAAAUCACCUGUUUUAACUGUGUAAAUAGUACAGUGCGGUUAUGGGGAAAGAUAAUCCCAAUGUAGACAGUAGGUCAGACAAGGUCAUAACAGGCAUUUAAAUAUUUUUCAAGAACCCUAAAAUAGACCAAAAUGAGACUCUUGAUUUUGCCCAUCAUUUCAGAGGACGUCUGUGUUUUUAAUGAGGAGCUGCAUAACUUUCUAGUGUUUUAUUGGAACCAACUAUUUAAAUAUUUAUGUAUGUUAUAUCUUUUUAUUUACUUGCAGUGAGUAAAAUGAUUUAGCUGGAGACCCUAAGGAGCCAUCUCAACAACUCCUGGAGGUCCCUAUAGACCCCACUUUUGGGAACAUUAAGCUUUAUAAUCUUAGCAAUAGUCAUUUAAAUUUCAUGCCUACUUACAAUAUGGUUUUAGCACCACUCCUCUGAUUUGUGUGUUUUUGUUUUGACUUGUUCAGUCUUUUUUUAUAAAUUAAUUUUCAUUGAGGAGAUUUCUGUUUGACUGCUCAUAAUUAUAUUAUAUACAUACAAGCUUUAACCCUUUAAUACCAGUUCAAAGAUAUGUGAUGUGGCCCUGUUUACUCGUGGUAAUGCUGGUUACGUUGAUAUGAACUGUUUUUUUGUGAUACCAUUAAAAUUAAAAAUGCUUAAAAAGGCUGGC